AUGCAUCGCUUUCUCCCUGGUAUCUGUCCACACCUGCAUUAUAUCCUGGGAUUGUGCUACGUGUAUUAUCCGAUCACCUCCGGGUUACGGCAGGAUCAUCGGAACCAUGGCGAGCGUCUCAUCACACCUCUUGCCAACCUUGGCUGGCACCGGGAACCAGCGGAAAACAAUUCAAAUCAUGCGAUUGAUAUGUACGCUAUACAAACCGGCACUGCAAAGGACGUUUCAUUCUUGAUUGACUUUUUGCCCUCCUACUUAUUCCCCAAUGGAGAGCGGGAAAUCGAUCGGUGGGGCGUCGCAGGGAUUAGUCUCGGUGGACAUUCGACGUGGAUUUGUUUAAAGAACGAUCCUAGGGUCACCAUUGGGAUUCCCAUUAUAGGCUGUCCUUCGUUUCUAACUCUCAUGCGAACCCGAGCAGCCCAAUACCGCCUUUCUGGACCCCCAACGUUCCCUGACUCGCUUGUUUCUUAUAUCGAGCAUAACGAUCCUUCCAGUACUGAACCCAAUCCAUCCCUGAACCCCUUCCUUGGAAAGAAGAUCCUUAUUCUGUCUGGUGGCGCGGACAGUCUUGUCCCGUGGGAGGCGAGUAAGGCCUUCAUUGAAAAGCUGGACUUGGGCGAGAAUGGAGUCAAAACAGUUUUUUUGGAGGAUGGGGCCGGGCACCAGUGCACAAGAGAAAUGGUGAAGCGACUGGGCGAAUUUAUGAUUAAAUGGGGUUUGAAUGCCUGAAUGGCAGCUAUGUGACUUUGGCCAGAAAUCUGGUUUCGUGAUUUAGACAUUAUGUGGGCGCAUGCAUCCGCAAACAACAUCGUUCACAUAUAUAUUUGUGAUACCCACCUAGACCGCCACUUCAGUGCUACACACUAUAGAUCCUAGCGGGUUUCUAAUAUAUAGGAAACAGUGGGUCAGUGUCCUGAGCCCACUUUACCAAGCC